AUGGACAGUUUCUGUCCAAAGCUGUUUUCAAACGGAGUAGUUCGCGGCAGUAUCAUUUGUAUUCUUUGCUUAUAUUUUCUUUCUUUCUUUCUUAAUUUCUUUCUUUCUUUCUUUCUUUCUUUCUUUUCCAUUGCUUUUCCCAUUCCCGUUGCUUUCUUUCUUUCUCUCUUUGACUUCAUAUGCUUUUUGCAUUCCCUUAUCUUUCUCCUCUUUAUUUUUUCACUUGCUAUGCUUUUCGCAUUCCUAUUUCUUUCUUUCUUUAUUUAUUUUGGCAUUCGCUGUUUCCUUUUCUUUCUUUCUUUCUUUCUUUCUUUCUUUCUUUCUUUCUUUCUUUCUUUCUUUCUGUCUUUCUUUCACUUCCUAUAUUUUCGCUUUCCUUUUCUUUCUUUCUUUUUUGACUUCAUAAAACUUUUACAUUCCCUAAUCUUUCUUCCUUUCUUUAUAUUUUCUUUCUCUUCUAUGCUUUACGCAUUUCUCUUUCUUUCUUUCUUUCUUUCUUUCUUUCUUUCUUUCUUUCUUUAUUUAUUUAUUUUGCCUUUCGCUCAACGAGAAAAUAUCUAUCUAUCUAUCUAUCUAUCUAUCUAUCUAUCUAUCUAUCUAUCUAUCUAUCUAUCUAUUAAAUACUUGCUUCAUUGUCUAUACAGAGUUCUUUAA